CUCUCGAUCUCUUUAUCCACAUAAUUAACGUUACGCUGCUCCUCUGUUCGGCUAGGCUGCUAGCUGUUCAUCAUAUCCACACAACACACAAAUAUAUGCACGAGUUAUACUUUCUGAAAUUUAAUCUUGAUUAGAUUAUGCUAUCAGUGCCACCAACUACGCACGCACAUGCCAUCUAGUCCAUAUAAGCAGCCUCUUGCUUUGCUUAAUCUCACGCUGUUAUUUCCUUCUUGCUUGCAUUCUACGAGCGCCGCAGCUGACCAGCGCUUUCUCAACGCUGCCGGCCGUUGUGAGUCGUUGUCUAUAGCUACAUCAAGCUAGCUAGUUCGUCAUGGCAGCUCACAGUUGCUGCGGCGUCGCUUCAAGCGCUGCACCGGCGACAAGGCGGGUGAAAUUAAGAAGGCCGUCGGCGGCAUCGAAGGCGACAAAGACAAAGAAGACCGCCGCCAAGCCGGUGACAUCAAGGAAGCGCGUGGUGAUCAGGAGGAAGAUGGAAGCGCUGAGGAGGCUCGUGCCGAUCUGCGGAGACGACAGCAACGGCGCCCGUGAGCGGGCGGAUGACCGACUGGACGAGCUCCUCCUGCACGCGGCCGGCUACAUCCGGCGCCUCCAGAUGCAGGUCAGGAUGAUGCAGGUCAUGGUCCAUGCGCUGAAUAACCCGGAGGAUUGAUUUUUUGGUUCUGGGAUCAUGUGAAUUCUUUUCAUUCUUUAUUUUUUUUUUCUUCUGGUGCUUUUUGCACGGUGCAUAUGAGUGUGGGUGCAGAUCAUAUAUGGCGUGGUUGCGAAUUAGGGAAAUUGGUGAUCUCUGUUCGUAUAUACUUAUACAUAUACGAACAUAGAAAUUUGUUUAUACAUGCAUAAGGUGUGAUAGAGUAUACCUAUAUAGUUUUAGGACAUCUCCAAGUAGCUGAUGUAUGGGGAGAUGGGGAGAUUCUUUGCCUGUAUGUAUCCAACUGUGUAUGAAUUAUGGGGUCAAGAUUGAAUUGGGCCGUCCUAUAUAUUUGUUUGUCAGACGAUGCUCUUUUUUUUUUUUUGCUAU